AUGUCCUCUCCGCUCUCCAGCAAACGCAAACGCGCCAAUUCCCAGCUCCCAACCGCAGACAUCGCCAAAUCGUCCACGACCGAUCUCCUGCAGCCCUCGUCCCGCGAUGCUUCCGGUGAAGAAGGUGACGAUUCCACUGGCCCAACCCUGCCGUCCAAGCACCCCAAGAAACUCGACGUUACUUCCGCCGCCGCCACUAUUCCGCCGUCUAAACGGGCCCGGAAGACGUCGGUCAGCGACGGUGCCCCCAAUGGCCCAUCUAACGGCGGAGAGCCCUGGAAGGAUUCGUCCGCGAUCAGUAGGGAGGAUCCAGGCGAGCCGUCUGAAACUACCCCCGCGAGCAGUGACAUCGAGAACCAAAGCAAGGGCCGCCCGGGGUUGCAUGUUAAGACCUCGUCCGAGAGACUGAUGAGGCCGCCAGAGCGUGCGGGCUUGCAGGAUCCUGUAGGCUACCAUACUAAUCCCCCUCCAGUUGGGCGUCCAGUUCGAGUCUAUGCAGAUGGUGUUUUUGAUUUGUUUCACUUGGGUCACAUGCGACAGCUUGAGCAAGCCAAAACCGCUUUCUCAGAGGUGCACUUAAUAGUCGGCGUUACUGGAGAUGAGGAGACCCAUAAUCGAAAGGGGUUGACUGUUUUAAGCGGUGCAGAACGUGCCGAGAGUGUUCGUCAUUGCAAGUGGGUUGACGAAGUCAUCCCUAACUGUCCUUGGAUUGUUACCCCCGAGUUUAUCGAUAAGCAUCAGAUUGACUACGUGGCACACGACGAUCUUCCAUAUGGAGCUGCGGAAGGUGACGAUAUCUAUGCACCGAUCAAAGCUCAAGGCAAGUUCCUGGUUACUCAACGAACGGAGGGUGUCAGCACCACUGGAAUUAUCACAAGAAUUGUUCGCGACUACGAUCGUUACAUUUCUCGACAAUUCAAGCGUGGUGCCUCAAGACAGGAAUUGAACGUGUCCUGGAUCAAGAAGAACGAACUGGAAAUCAAGCGGCAUGUGACAGAACUUCGAGAUAGCAUCAUGACCAACUGGAGCAACACUGGCCAAGAAUUAGGCCGCGAGCUGCGACAGCUGUGGCAGAACAGCCGACCAGGUAGCCCGGCUCCCAGUGCAAGAAACAGUGUGGACCUUGGAAAUUCUCGUGGCCUCGUUAGUCCUACUACGGGCAAGUCACAUAUUUCACGAGUAGAGGCUUUGGGACGUUCGGAGAGCGCGAUUGUCAACGGGAGGAACGAGCCGGACUUUGCAACGGGUUACAGUCUAGGUCUGAUUGGUGGUGUGAGGGCGUGGAUGCGCAGUCGCCGGUCUCUCUUGGAAAGCCGAGCCCAGUCCCCGACCAGUGAAGAGGAGCACGAAUACGAGCAGGAACGGAGCAACAACGGUCUUUCUGGAUCGUCGUCUUGA